CCGGCGGGGGCAGAGCCACCUCCGCCCGCCCCUCGCCGGCCCCCGGCCCCGCCCGGCGCUGCCCCGCGGCUCCGCCGGCUCCGAGCGGCUACAGCAGCGGCAGCGGACCACGAUGAAUGUGGAACAUGAAAUUAGCCUCUUAGUUGAGGAGAUUCGGCGGCUGGGAACCAAAAAUGCUGAUGGACAAGUGAGUGUGAAAUUUGGUGUGCUGUUUGCUGAUGAGAAGUGUGCCAACCUCUUUGAAGCCCUGGUGGGAACUCUUAAGGCAGCAAAACGACGGAAGAUUGUCACUUACCAAGGAGAGCUGCUUUUGCAAGGCGUUCAUGACAACGUGGAUAUCAUGCUGCUGCAGGACUGAUGCAGUGUUUCAGCUAUGUGUUCAUGGAAUUGCUUGAAACAGUUUGAUCAAUCAAACAAUUGUUUGAUUUGCCACAUUCUCUUAAUAAGGUUGAUCAUUCCAAGACAUUUUGAUGUAUUUUCUAUAUCUUUAUAGUCAAAAGAAAACUGUCCUUUUUUAGAAAACAUUUUCUUUUGUAAGUCUUCCUAAAAUGGUACUGUAUGUGAGUAAUGUAAAAGAUGCCAGAUCUUUUCUUCUUCUUUUUUUUUUUUUUUUUUUUUUUUUUUUGAUCUCAGGUAAUUCUCUCAAAUGUCUGAUGGUUAUUUUCAAAAUAUGAAGAAGAGGACUGGUAAUUUAAUGUUUACAAAUGAAAAUGUGCCAUGAAAGUAUAAAAUAAAAGCACAUACUUAAAUUUG